AUGAUCACCGAUGCUCCACAUAAGAGCCAUGCAAGGCUAGAGAGGGAUGAUUCCUCACUGGGGUUUUGGCAGAAGGGCUUCCUGUCGGUGCUCUUCGUGCUCAUCUGGGUCCUGCACUUCCGAGAGGGGCUUGGCUGGGACGGCGGCGCGCUCGAGUUUAACUGGCACCCGGUGCUGGCUGUGACCGGCUUCGUCUUCAUCCAGGGCAUCGCCAUCAUCGUGUACAGACUGCCAUGGACCUGGAAGUGCAGCAAGCUCUUGAUGAAAUCCAUCCACGCCGGGUUAAACGCUGUGGCUGCCAUCCUCGCCAUCAUCUCUGUGGUGGCCGUGUUUGAGUACCACGAUGUCCGAAAAAUCCCCCACAUGUACAGUCUACACAGCUGGGUUGGAUUGCCAACCCUCAUACUCUACAUCCUACAGCUUGUUGUAGGCUUUUUCAUCUUUCUGCUUCCAUGGGCCCCACCGUCUCUCCGAGCAACCGUCAUGCCCAUACAUGUUUAUUCCGGACUCCUCCUCUUUGGAACAGUGAUUGCAACGGUCCUCAUGGGAGUGACGGAAAAGCUGUUCUUUGUCCUGAAAACUCCUUCAUACCAUUCCUUCCCACCAGAAGGUGUUUUUACAAAUACCCUGGGCCUUCUGAUUCUGGUAUUUGGAGCACUCAUCUUUUGGAUUGUCACCAGGCCACAGUGGAAACGCCCUAGGGAACCAGGCUCUAUCCCUCUUCAGCUUAAUGGAGGCAACGCAGACGGAAUGGAAGGUGCCAUAGCAAUAAGCUCCGCCCACAAUAUGGACGCAGCAGACGCAGAGUUAAGCAGUGAGGGAGCAGCCCGGAAAAGAACCCUCAGCCUUGCUGACACUGGCCAGAGGUCCACCAUGUGAAGUGUUGAUGCAGCCUCAUAACUUCUCUUCCAAAGUCACCCCUACAGUUUAGUUUCUCCUACCCAGCCAUAGGUGACUUGGGUUCAUAGGCCAAUUAUUGUGGUCACCAAGGAGGAUUUCCUGAGAGUAAUUGUGUUGACUGAGGCCUGUGAACUUACCAAAUGUAAAAAGGACAUGAUCAAUAUAAAUUGUGAUUGUUUCUUCUUUCCUCUUGAGGACCCAGGCAUUGGAUAUACCUACCAGUGGGUUUAUCUGCUGAACUGGUAGCACCCUUUGCCCCUUGCUAAGCCCAGUGGGAGCAUAUUCUGGGAGCCCAGUGAUUUCAGAACUAGGUAGAAGCUCUCUUCACUUUUAAAAUAAGAUCAUAAAUACCUGGAGCAGGAUUUGGACCAUUGUGUCACAUAGAUGUUGUAAGGAAAACAUGGUGGUGGUGGUGGGGGUGCUUUAGGAAAGUAUCUCACUCCCUCUUCAGCUAAUUUGGGCUCAUAUAGGCCCUGGACAUAGAGUAUAUAUGAGGGUGUUUUGGAACAGUUGCUUAGUCACAGACUGAUGAAGAGAUCUUUGGUUAGACCUGGAAGAUUUUGUAAUACUCAGUCCAGUGUCUAGACUCCCAGGAGCUGGUGUACUUCAUGGUUCAGCUUCUGAACUUCUUGCAAUGCAAACAUGCCCCGUGCUCAAUCCCCAGAAACCCGCCUUGCAUCUGCACACUGUGAAGGAUGCCCUCAAGUCUCUGCUUGUAUUUUCCAAAGUGCUUCCCUGGCUCUUACCAUGGGCUUCACAAAUAUUAGCUCCUUCAGUCUGCAGACAGACUCUGUGAGACAGGUAUUGUUACUAUCCCCAUUUUUAGGUGAAAGAUCUGAAGCUUGGAAAGGUUAGUAACUUGGACCAACAUCACACAACUCUCUAAUUGAUGGAACUGACAUUCAAACCCUGGCAGUCUGGCUCCUCUGCCCAAGAUCCCAUAUUUCACCGUACUCCUUCCCAAUUUAUUCUAAUUGGCAGCACUAUGGCCCACCUAUGAAUAAAGUUGCAGAUGAAGGCUAAUGGAAUUGUUACAGGAUGCUGCCUUACCUUUGGUCCUCUUCCAAGGGGACCCCUUAGAUGAUGGGAAAGGCGCCAUAAAGACUUGGACGGAGAUCUUGGGGCCUCAGCCACUGCCAACAAGCCAGAGCCUGCCUUGAUGCCCUUUUAAUCUUAACAGGGCAUCUGUCUUGCUGACAAGGAGACCUGGAUGAGGAUACUAACAGCCUUCAAGAUGAAGUCAUUACCGUAUUGGUUCCUCAGGAUCUUAGCUGCUGUACACAUUUUUAUUUGGAGACACAUAUAUCCUGGGCUGCCCUUCCCCGAGACCAUAGGCAGGUUCCUUCCUAACUUCUGUGGAAUUUGGGGGUCUUAGCAGGGAGCUGAGGUUUAGAAAUGAUAAUCUUUCACAUGGCCAGACUUCUCUCUCAGCUCUGAUGGGAAUUUGUGGUAGUAACGGCACUGAAAUGAUGCCUGUAGAGGGUAAUUUUGGCUACUCCACCUUGAGCUCCUAGCAAGUCGCAGGCACAUACCUGCCUAGGAGCUAUCUCAGAUCCACAGAUGAAACACACACACACACACACACUAGCUCAUUUUUAAAUUGCCUUAUUGGCUCUGUGGUUGAGCUCUUCUUAGCCUUCCACGGGUAGUGUGCCCUUACCUUUACUCCUAGCUCAACGUCUCUAAAUCUACCCUCAACUUAGUUGCCUGGUUACCUUUUGUGAAGCCCGUUGGUCUUGCUGCCCAAGAUGCUUCGAAGCUGCCCUCCCGUGGGCUGCAUUCCCUUUCCACUUACAUUUUGGAAGCUCUCCCUGCAGCUCUGAGUCUGUUCUCUCUCUCCCCCAAGUAUCUUGAUUCUCCCUUUUCCUAGCCUGCAAGGAACCUGGAAGUCCUGCCUCUUUCUUUCUGCCCAGCCGUUAGCCACUGGCAUCUUUAUUGAUAGAUCAAAAGCCAAUUAGGGUCAAAGACCUUUAGUGUCAGUGAACACAGAUUCUCGGCUGCAUUUUUUGAUUUAGACACUUGGACAAUAUGUGAGCCUAUAGUUCCAGCUGCUUGAGAGACUGAUAUCUGAGACACAGUUCAAGGCCGGCCUGGGCAACAUAGUGAAACUCUCUCUUGGGAUUUUGGUUUCUCUAGUAACCCAAACUGGCCCCACUCUUUGUAUAAUUAAGGGUGACCUUGAACAUAUGGUUAUCUUUGCCUUCACUUCCCAAAUGCUGGAUUACAGGCAUGUGUCACCAGCCACAAUGUCUUAGUGCAGCUCUGUCUUUUAAAUAAAAAAUAAAGCCAAACUAAACACAAGAAUUUUAAGAGUGAGAAAAACUUAUAGUUUACAGCUAAAUACACUGAACAUGUUUAGUGUGUAGUGACCUUCCUUUUAAAUAUUAUGACUAUUUCCAAAGACCAAAUACAACCUUCAAGCUAACAGAUCUCCCAAACUCCAUAACAGCUCAGAAUCACCUCAACGCUUCAUUGCUUUCUUUCCAUUAAUUAAUUCUAUUUCCAAAAUCAGUAAUAGCAUCAGAGGCACUAUGAAUGAGUGACCCAAGAUCAUUCUUCAGCUAAAGAGUUUAACACCAGACUGGGAUACAUGAUACCCUAUCUUUCUCAGAAGUCCAAUACAUCAAUAAAACUCAUAUGUAUGCUAAGUAAGAGUUUUACACCAAACAGCUUAGGAGUUGAUGACUGACUAUAAAGAGUUCAGUCAAAUCCCAGGGUUUUGGGGGGUUGCAGGGGAACUUGGGGGCGGAGCAAGGGGUGAGUAGGAGGCUAGCAACUGAGGCCCAAGAGUCAUGGCUGCCUUUCCUUUCCACAUAGGCCCACAGAGGCUAUCAGUACGAUGCUAAUUAUGUGGCACUAGAAUAGCUCUGUUGCAGAGUAUUUGAGCACUCCUCACUUCAGCCCUUCCUUUUCUCCCAAGUGGGCUAAUGGGAGGGUAAUAUUAUAGGCGUUCCCUUUCUUUCUUUUCCAGCUUUUAUGAAAGGAUGCAUAGCACAAUAUAUUGAAAAGAUCUUUCUAUUUGAGACUCUUCUUUUAAUGGGCUCUUUAUUCUAAUGAUAAUUAUACCUUUAUCUUUCAAGAGCUGAUGUUUCCUACCUAAAGCAUCUCCCCCCCCCCAAAUAUCACAUUAAAAAGUCUGCAAAGAAUAGGGGAGAAGAAAGGCUUAGGUAUCAAUUCCAAACAGUGAUUGAAACCUCCCAAAAUAAUUAUAGCUUGUAUCUUUAGCAGAGAUUAUCUGGCGUGGCUUACCCCAUAAUCUAAUUUCAGGAAAGAAAGCUUUAUUUCAACAAUGAUCUACGUCAACAUGAAAGCCUUCUCUUUCCCGGGUCUUAGCAAGAAAUCAAAAUGAAUAUACUUUAUGGAAUUAAUGCCAUCAAAAGUGUACAGCUUUCCUGUGCUGUGUCAAACAAAGCCCACCCUCCAUGGUACUUUCCUCCCUUAAGGAAUAUGGUUUUUGUUUAAUCUGUGCACUUAGAAACAGCAACUGGGACCUCUCGAUGAAAUGAUAGAUUACUGCAAGCAUACUUUUUAAGGACUGGUGACAAGUAGUUUCUUAAGGACUGAUGACAAAUAGUUUCUGUUUUCUAAAGGAUGGUGAUGUAAAUUGCAUGUCUCAUUUUAAUUGGGCUUUCUUCCCCACCAAGCUGAAAGACCCAGGGCACACACACUGACCGUGACUGCACAUGGAAAAUAGAAAGAAGGAAGCCACAACUUACAUGGACUUCAGUGAUGUGACAAGAUGUUUAGUUAUAAACGUGCACUUUUUAGAUAACUCCGACAGGAAGCUGUAACUUCUAUGUCUAAUGGAGAUACAGAAAAGAAGAUGCUUGUUCUUCACUCGAGCGCUACUUGAGCACGUUAAGUGGAAAAUAAAUCUAUCUAUAAAUUUGUCUCUUUAUCUCAGUACAUUUAUGGAAAAGUAUUGUCUUGUCUGUUUUAUAGUUUUGUAGGCAAGAUGUGCAUCUAUUUUUCUUGACUUUUUAAUAUAGCAAUAAAAAGCUACUUCUAA